AUGCCGACUACAAACAGACCGAAGAAGAAGCAGGGCAGAGACACAGCGGUCCAGGGAACCAAUGACAGCAGUGUGGUGAGCAAAGUGUCUGCUGCAGCUCAGGGCUACUUCAAAGAUGACUUUCUCCAACAUUUUGUAUGCAAAGUAGCCAGAAGAGCUCCUCUCAUCAACAGGGGCUACUAUGUGCGCUGGAGAGCUGUGGAUCACUGUGUGAGGAGGUUCCUUCAGGUUACUGCAACAUGCACCAAAAGACAGAUUCUGUCUUUGGGUGCAGGGUUCGACUCCUUGUAUUUCCGUCUGCAUGCAGAUGGGGCCCUGGACAGUGCUGUUGUGUUUGAGGUGGAUUUUCCUGACGUCAUGCGGCGAAAGUCCGCGCUGAUCAGCUCUAACAUGACACUGAGGGGGAUGUUAGACUCCCAUGCACCUUCAACUACAGGACCUUUAUUUGUGUCCAGCAGUCGGUACCGUCUGUUAGGGGUGGAUGUCAGGGAGGAGUCCCAGGUGGAGGAGGCUCUGUGUGCAGCCGGGCUGGACUGGGCUGCCCCCACACUCAUUCUCUCUGAGGUGGUGCUCACCUACAUGGAAACUCAAAGGUCAGACGCUGUCAUCAGUUGGGCAGCAAAGCUCCUGCCUCAGUCCCUGUUUGUGAUGUACGAGCAGAUCCAUCCACACGACGCUUUUGGUCGGAUCAUGCAAGAACAUUUCCUGAAACUGAAUUCGACUCUGCACGCCCUCCAACAAUACCCAGACACCUCGGCACAGAGGCAGAGGUUCCUGGACAAGGGCUGGGAGCAGUGUGUGUGUCUGGAUAUGAAUGACUUCUACUUGGGGCUGGUCCCGGAGGAGGAGCGAGGUCGAGUGGAGAGCCUGGAGCCUUUUGAUGAAUACGAGGAAUGGCACCAGAAAUGUUCCCACUACUUCAUCCUGACGGCAUCUCGAGGCUGUUUGACUGAGCAGGCUUUACUCGCUCAUCCUCCAGUGUCUCCAGUGCCUUCCGUUAGCCCCUGUUGGAGCCCCACAGCACUGAGCGUUCAGACCGUACCAGUGUCCAUGGAGGGGCUGGGGAUGGCGUCCACCUCGGUGAGGCCGGGACAGCUGCUGCUGACCGGAGGCUCCAGCAGAGGAGGCAGAGGGGCAGCGAGCAGUGUCCUCCUCAGAGGUCAGGAGGGCUGGAGGUUGGUCAGCGUGGAGCCGUCUGCAGAUCUGGGUGUGCGGCUCCACCACACGGCUACUGCUUUGCCUGGAGGAGGCGUCAUGGUGUUCGGAGGUCGCUCCUCCCCACUCAGCCCAACCAGAGGCCUCCUCAGAGUGGCUGUUGACCCCAGUGGUCCAGCUGGCUGUCUGGAGUCAGAGGGUGGAGCAACGGUUUGUGUGGAGCAGCUGGUCUGUACUGGAGAUCCGCCGUCGCCAAGAUGGAGGCACACAGCGACUGUGGUCGGUCACAAAGGCAGAAACUUUGUGUGUAUUUUUGGAGGAAAGAACGAAUCAGAGGCCGCGCUGGGCGACAGCUUCUUCCUGAGUCUGGACCAGCAGCACUGGACUGAGAUGCCAGUAGGGGGCGCAGCUCCAGAGGCUCGACAUUCCCACUCAGCUUGUUCAUAUAAGGGAGGUGUGGUGGUGUUUGGAGGCCUGAGCAGAGGAGGAGCACCACUGGGAGACACGGUGCUGUUAAAGCCGACUGAAAGAGGCUUCAGCUGGGAGAGACUAGAUGUUCAGCCUCCUCCGGUUCCCAGAUACUCUCAGUGUGCCCAUGUGUGUGGGGAGAAGCUGGUCAUUGUGGGUGGAGUCUGGCUGCAUCCAGACGGGGUGCCGGGCGUCCUCAUCAUCAACAUGGAAACAUGCAGCAGCGUGGAGUUCAGUCUGGACACGAGCUCGGUGCCGUGGCCUCUGAUGCUCCAAUCGUUCUGCUCGGAGCUGACAGACCCAGAAGAGCUGAUCCUGGUCGGUGGAGGAGGAAACUGCUUCUCCUUCGGGACUCACCUGAACCCUCAGAUUCUCAAUUUGGACCUCAGACCUGCACUAGGAUGAAGCAGCCUCAAAGUGAAACUGUUGAACAGGUUUAAAAGAGCUGACCUCAGGCCUGCUGUAAGGUCCACAUGAGAGUUCUUGUUAUCGACAUCUCAUAAUUACAAAAAAACCAAAACAACGAGGAACCUGUAGCUAUGGGAAAAGAUUAAGUUGGUUUCAUCACUAUGUAUUCAGGCAGGCAGUGGCUUUAUGAUGCUACUUGAUUUAAUUUACCUAAAUAUGGAUAUAUUUAACAUUUUUGCUACAACACAAUUUUGGAUGUUCUUAAAAUUUAAAGAUUAACCCACUGAACUCCAAAAUCUGCUGGCAGGUUUAAAAGGCAUGUUGUCUUUUGAAAAUAUUUCUGUAAUUCCUCAAUUUAUUAGCCAGAAACUGUAAAAUCAAAUAAUAAACUUUUCAGCAGUCCUUAAACAAAUA